GGCUAUCUGACUGCGACCUUGAGUUUUACCCACUAAUGUCGGAACUUUCGUUGUAUUACCUCCGUUGAUCGGACGGAAUAGAACGUGGGACUCAGCAGGUCCUUCUCCCAGGAACAAAUUAAACGGGGAUUUAGAAGGAUCGUGGGUGUAUUUGUUCCUGGGUAACUGAAGAAAAUGACGCUUUUUCAUUUCGGAAACUGCUUCGCUUUGGCAUAUUUCCCUUACUUCAUCACCUACAAGUGCAGUGGAUUAUCAGAGUACAAUGCUUUUUGGAGAUGUGUACAAGCUGGGGCUACAUAUCUUUUUGUACAGCUCUGUAAGAUGCUGUUCCUCGCCACUUUUUUCCCCACCUGGGAAGGCGGUGCUGGUGUGUAUGACUUCAUCGGGGAGUUCAUGAAGGCCACAGUCGACCUGGCGGACCUGCUGGGCCUUCACCUGGUCAUGUCCCGGAACGCUGGGAAGGGGGAAUACAAGAUCAUGGUGGCAGCCAUGGGCUGGGCCACUGCGGAGCUGGUCAUGUCAAGGUGUAUCCCGCUGUGGGUCGGGGCGCGGGGAAUCGAGUUUGACUGGAAGUACAUCCAGAUGAGCUUCGACUCCAACAUCAGCCUGGUGCACUACAUCGCCAUGGCCGCUGUGGUGUGGAUGUUCACCCGCUACGACCUGCCGAAGAGCUUCCGCCUGCCCGUGGCAGUGCUCCUGGGGCUGUGUGUCUACAAGGCCUUCCUAAUGGAGCUGUUUGUGCAUGUGUUUAUGCUGGGCAGCUGGACGGCCCUCCUGGUGAAAGCAGUCCUGACGGGCGCCAUUUCCCUCUGUUCCCUCUUCCUCUUCAUCACACUCGUGCACAGCAACUGAACGACGGAGCAAAGGCCAUUGCGAUAUACUGUAAAAAAAAAAACUUAAACUUAAACUUAAAAUUUUCUGACACUUGAAACAUUGACCAAAUUAUGGUCGUUCUGCCAAAGCAUGGUCAUUCAUGUUUUCAGAUCCUUUUUUAUUGUAUAAAUUUACCAUAGUAAAAUGUCUUAUGCUGA